AAUGGGACGCAUGUGGAAUCAAAGGGACUGCCUUGGGCUGAGGCAGCUGACGGAGCAGCAUGUAAAUAUGAUCCAGGAGGGACACCAGACUAGAUGGUGCAGGAGUGGGAAGAGACACCAUCGCAGUAUGACGAAAACGAGCUUACCAAGAGAAUUGGAGAAGAAGAUCAAACCAAAAAAUCAAAUCCAAGUUCUCAUGAAGGCGAAAAACAGAGCACUGACUGUUAGGCAAGAUGCAAGCAAACAAUUUAUCGUCGUCGUCGGUACAACUAAAAAAGAAACCAAAGUGGAAGUAAGAUUUCAGAAAAGCCCAGAUUCACACCCAUUCUACGUGUCCUUUGUGUUUAAGUAUAAAUCAAAAAAAUAUUAUCUUUACUGCAAAUGGACAAGCGAUAAACCACAAUUAAUACUGACACCUGAGGACAAACACAAUCAGAUCAACACGUCAGCCUCAGAAAGAUCCAACCUCUUCAAGAUGACGAUGGACAGCCAACGAUAUAAAUUUCAAUCGUAUCUGAGUGAUGACUGGUUUCUCAGUGUGAGAAACAACAUCCUUGUUCUGAACAAUAGAGCUAGAAGAGAAAGUGCUCUCUUUGACUUAGAAUCAUAGUCUGACACUGGAAUAUUUGACUCUUCCUGUUAGAUGAGGAGAGCUUUGUUAGUUUUCCUGGUCACCUUUUCCUAGGUUGUGGGGAGCUUAUUACCCUGGCUAGAACUAAGUGAUUUGAAAGCUUUUAAAUCAUCUUUGUGCCUGCCCUUCUGGCGAUAUGAGUGAAAUACUGCCCUCGUUGCUGUCAGUCCAACGGCCUCUUCAGACAAAGUACAGUUCAGAAUGAUUCGGCUUUAAUCACUGCUCAACAUGAGCAAACAAAUUCGGAGGAAUAGGCCAUUUUGUUUCUUAUUCCGCCACUCGAUAAAAUCAUAAUUGUCAAUUUCAAUUUCCUGACCGAACCCCAAGUCCCUCAUGUCCCAUAUGGUCAUAACAUCUCUCAUUUCAGCUUUGAAUGUACUUGCCUACUGACCAUCCUGUGGAGAGCAAUUAUAAAAAUUCACAACCCACUGAGUGAAGACAAUAAUCCUCAUCUCUGUCUUCAAUGGUCUGUAUUGUGUGGUUGCAGCCACUUUCCCUAGAUCUUCCAGUGCAUUGGAAUAACCUGAUCAUGUCCAUGCCAUUGAGAACACAACACACUACAGCAGCAGUUGGCCAUUCGGCCUCUCGAGUUCCGUCGCGAUUCAUAGAAUCAUAAAAUUCCUACAGUGUAGCGCAUCAAAUCUACACCAGACUUCCAAACAGCAUCUCACCCAGACCCACCUCGCUAACUAUCCCAUAGCUAAUCCAAUCCACCCUAACCUGCACAUCUUUGGUCUGUGGGAGGAAACCAGAACAUCCAGGGGAAACCCACACAGACAUGGGGAGAACAUGCAAACUCCACAGCCCGAGGGUGGAAUCGAACUCGGGUCCCUGACACUGUGAGGCAGCCAUUCUAACCAGUGAGCCUCUAUGCCUCCCCCAUGUUUGUAUUCAAAAGAAAAAUCAAUCGUGUUCAAUAGAUGCUCAGCAAUUCAAACUUUCUGUUCUGCCUACCAAAGUAAAUCAUCUCACACACACACACACACACCCCGACACAUUAUGUUCCAGCAGCCUCGAACAGGCUAUUCACAACUUGCCACUAUCAUUUUCAUCCCCCUCUAGCUUAAGUUAUAGCUUCAGCAAAUGUGCAUACACUACCCUUAGUGCUUUUGUCUGAAACUCUCCAGCUCCCCACAAGGCAACAUCCUGGUAAAUAUCCCUCUGCCCCCCCCCCCUCUCCCAGUGCUAUCACAUCCCUCCUAUAAUGUGGAUUCCAGAACUUGCACACAAUACUCUUGCUGUGUGGCCUAAUCGUCAUUUUAUACCAGCCAAACCUCCCUGGUCUUAAACUCUCAGAGUGAAUUAUUUCGCUCCUGCUUGUGAAAACUCUGGGUUCUACAACAGGGGUGUUACGGCAUGCUCACUGAUUCACUUUCAGCAAAAAGGCUGAGGUAGGACCCGCAAACAGGUAGGAUGUCUUGUGGGGGGCUGGAAGGUGAAUAUCUUUGGAAAACUCCAGAGGCCAGGAGGAAGGCAGUACGACUGGGAAGCAGUGGCACGGAGGUUGUGCGUGGUGUGCAUGCUGUUGUGCUUUGAUUUUCAGUGAGCUGGCUUGCGACAUCAACAGCAUGGCAUCAGUACCCACGCAGGCAUAGGCCACCUUGAGGGACUCUCCUCCUCACUGUUUCCUGUUACCUAAGGCUAGGUGCCUCUCAGGUUAAAUCACUCCCAGUCGUCUCUUUCACGAGAAUGAGAUUGCAAUGACUUUUGCUUGCUUUGACACUCCUGCUCAGACUACAGAAUGAAUCCGACCUUAUUUAUGCUGAAUAAAGCAUAACCCCUAACAACAGUCAGGGUUCUCGCUCUGAAUUAACUCAGAACUUGAGAUUAAGGGGCGAGGGUAUUAUUCAGUCUGAGGAACCAUGUCCCAGCACACACGUGCUCCUGGUAAACCGAUACUCUGUAGUUCAGAGACAGCAAGAGUGUGAACCCGAAACGUCGACUCUCCUGCUCCUUUGAUGCUGCCUGACCCACUGGAUUGACUCUGGCACUCUGCAGUGUAAGGGAAUUUGAGGUGCUCACAACCCCUAGUAACUCCUGCUGGUACUGCACAACUCGAUUGAAAGGACAACAUCUAGAAUUAAACUUCUGGGUACUUUUAGCAGACUUGCACUUUGCAGUGUUUGGUAGUUGUUUGUAGACUUGUUGUUUGUAAACUGACAUGUUUAUAAUGCUGCUAUCCUUGGCCUAUGUUACACUUUCAUUUAAUUUUAAUUAUAUAGCUGUGCCAUGAAUGAUCAAUGACUUGUAUCUGUACUGUUGUCACAAUUUGGCACCUGUUGCUUUGGUUUUUCAAUAAAAUAAAACUUAAGUCUAGUUCA